UACGCGUUGAAUUUUCUUUUCUCUGUAUUUCAAGAAAAAUACAUACAUUUUACAUACAUAUACUUUUUUGUCCUUGUCGAUCCCUUCUUCAACCCCGUGGCAAGUGAUUCUCUGAUCCACACCUCACAGACAGAAUAGAGAUAAAUAAUUGAUAGAGAGAGACCCUUUAUCAUAAACACGGGUUUCUCUCUGGAAAAGGAAUCAGAAAAAACACUCACUACUCUCUCUUUAUAAUUACCCACAUUUUUUUUCUUUUCUUUACAACUCUUUGUAUUAAUAUAUAUAUUUUUUAUGAGUCUGUUAAUGUAUCUUUUUCAGUGAUUGUUUAAUGUGAAGGGGGUGGUGCUUAAGAAGACAAAGAAACCGAAGUGGCCGUUCAGUUUCUUUCUUCUUUGACGCGUGGAAAUGGGCAUUGAGUUAUUUUUAUUUUUGCUCUCUUUUUCUCGAUUGUGAAGGUGCUGUAAUCGUGUCUUUGUGUGAGUGAGCAAAAGGAGAGAGUUUUAAGGUUUCCUUCAGAUGGAUACCAAAGGAAGGCUUGUGGCUGGUUCACACAACAGAAAUGAGUUUGUACUCAUCAAUGCUGAUGAGAUUGGAAGAGUGACUUCUGUGAAAGAGUUGAGUGGACAGAUUUGUCAGAUUUGUGGGGAUGAGAUUGAAAUUACAGUGGAUGGGGAGCCUUUUGUUGCCUGCAAUGAAUGUGCCUUCCCUGUUUGUAGACCAUGCUAUGAAUAUGAAAGAAGAGAGGGUAAUCAAGCUUGUCCUCAGUGCAAAACCAGAUACAAGCGCAUAAAAGGGAGUCCUAGAGUCGAUGGAGAUGAAGAUGAGGACGAAUUUGAUGAUUUGGAUAAUGAGUUUGAUUACAAUGGCAAUGAGAGAAGAGAUCCUCAUCAGAUUGCUGAAGCAGCACUCUCGACUCGCCUUAAUAUUGGUCGAAGUGCUUCUGGAAUCACAAUUCCAUCCGAGUUGGAUUCGGCAGCCAUUGGCUCUGAAAUUCCUCUCCUUACUUACGGUCAAGAGGAUGAUACGAUCUCAGCCGACAAACAUGCUCUCAUUAUUCCACCAUUCAUGGGUGGGGCAAAGCGAAUCCAUCCUAUGCCAUUUUCUGAUUCCUCCAUGCUUGUUCCACCUCGCCCGAUGGAUCCUAAGAAAGAUUUAGCAGUGUAUGGGUACGGUACCAUUGCCUGGAAGGAAAGAAUGGAGGAAUGGAAGAAAAAACAGAACGAUAGACUUCAAGUGGUGAAGCAUCAAGGAGAUAAAGGUGGAAACAUUGGUGGAGAUGAGAUGGAUGAUCCUGAUUUACCCAAGAUGGAUGAAGGCAGACAACCGCUUUCAAGAAAACUACCUAUUUCUUCAAGCAAGAUAAACCCCUAUCGAAUGAUCAUUCUUCUACGAAUGGUAAUUCUAGGGUUAUUCUUUCACUACAGAAUUCGUCACCCUGUCAACGAUGCAUAUGGAUUAUGGCUCACAUCAAUUAUAUGUGAGAUAUGGUUCGCUGUUUCGUGGAUAUUUGAUCAGUUUCCGAAGUGGUUCCCCAUUGAGAGAGAAACAUAUCUUGAUAGACUCUCACUGAGGUAUGAGAAAGAAGGGAAACCGUCUGAACUGGCUCCUGUAGACAUAUUUGUGAGUACUGUGGAUCCAUUGAAAGAACCUCCACUUAUUACUGCAAACACAGUUCUCUCCAUCCUUGCUGUGGAUUAUCCAGUGGACAAGGUUGCCUGCUAUGUCUCAGAUGAUGGUGCUGCCAUGCUGACUUUUGAAGCUCUUUCUGAGACAUCUGAAUUUGCACGGAAAUGGGUCCCAUUUUGCAAGAAAUUCAACAUUGAGCCUCGGGCACCUGAAUGGUACUUUGCACAGAAGGUUGACUAUUUGAGAGACAAGGUGGAACCCACAUUUGUGCGGGAACGCCGUGCAAUGAAGAGAGAAUAUGAAGAGUUUAAAGUUCGAAUUAAUGGAUUAGUUGCAAUGGCACAAAAGGUUCCUGAGGAGGGCUGGACCAUGCAGGAUGGAACUCCAUGGCCAGGCAAUAAUGUCAGGGAUCAUCCUGGAAUGAUUCAGGUUUUCCUUGGUCAUAAUGGUGUUCAUGACAUUGAAGGAAACGAGUUGCCUAGCCUAAUUUAUGUUUCUCGUGAGAAGAGGCCAGGAUUUGAUCACCACAAAAAGGCUGGUGCCAUGAACGCUUUGGUGCGUGUCUCAGCUGUCAUCUCAAAUGCUCCUUUUCUGCUUAAUGUUGAUUGUGAUCACUACAUAAAUAACUGUAAGGCUCUAAGGGAAGCUAUGUGUUUCAUGAUGGACCCUCAAGCUGGAAAGAAAAUAUGCUAUGUGCAAUUCCCUCAAAGAUUUGAUGGAAUUGAUCGACACGAUAGAUAUUCAAAUCGCAAUGUUGUCUUUUUUGAUAUAAAUAUGAAAGGGCUUGAUGGGAUCCAAGGUCCAAUUUACGUCGGAACUGGAUGUGUCUUCCGAAGGCAAGCACUUUAUGGAUAUGAUGCCCCCAAGAAGACAAAACCCCCUGGGAAAACAUGCAAUUGUUUGCCAAAAUGGUGUUGUUGCUGUUGUCAAUCCAGAAAAAAGAACAAGAGAAGCAAAACAAAGGAUAAAAAGAAGACAAUGAAGGGCAGGGAAACAUCAACCCAGAUUCACGCUCUUGAAAAUAUAGAGGAAGGAAUUGAAGGAAUUGACAGUGAGAAAUCAGCCCUCAUGCCCCAGAUAAAAUUUGAGAAAAAAUUUGGACAAUCACCAGUUUUCAUUGCUUCGACGCUGCUAGAAGAAGGUGGUGUUCCUCCAGGAGCCACAUCUGCAUCACUCUUGAAAGAAGCAAUUCAUGUAAUUAGUUGUGGUUAUGAAGAUAAAACUGACUGGGGAAAAGAGGUUGGAUGGAUUUAUGGUUCUGUUACAGAAGAUAUCUUGACCGGGUUCAAGAUGCACUGUCAUGGCUGGCGUUCAGUUUAUUGCAUUCCCAGAAGGCCUGCAUUCAAGGGUUCCGCUCCCAUUAAUCUUUCAGAUCGUUUGCACCAGGUUCUUCGUUGGGCUUUGGGAUCGGUUGAAAUUUUCUUGAGCAGACACUGUCCCAUCUGGUAUGGAUAUGGCUGUGGUCUGAAACCGCUGGAGAGAUUUUCAUAUAUAAACUCUGUAGUCUAUCCAUUGACGUCUAUUCCAUUAAUUGCUUAUUGCACCUUGCCAGCAGUUUGCCUUCUUACCGGGAAAUUCAUUGUCCCUGAGAUUAGUAACUAUGCCAGCAUAAUAUUCAUGGGCCUCUUUAUUUCAAUUGCUGCAACUAGUAUACUGGAGAUGCAAUGGGGUGGUGUUGGCAUUGAUGAUUGGUGGAGAAACGAGCAGUUCUGGGUGAUUGGUGGUGUCUCAUCUCACUUUUUUGCUCUGCUGCAAGGUCUUCUAAAGGUUUUGGCUGGUGUUAACACCAACUUCACUGUUACAUCCAAGGCAGGGGACGAUGGAGAGUUUUCCGAUCUUUACCUCUUUAAGUGGACAUCAUUAUUAAUCCCUCCUUUGACAUUGUUGAUUAUCAACAUUAUUGGGGUCAUAGUUGGGGUUUCAGACGCCAUAAGCAAUGGGUACGAAUCAUGGGGACCUCUGUUUGGAAGGCUAUUUUUCGCGUUAUGGGUCAUUGUCCAUUUAUACCCCUUCCUCAAAGGGUUUAUGGGGAAGCAAGACAGAGUACCUACCAUCAUCAUAGUUUGGUCAAUUCUUCUGGCUUCUAUCUUCUCACUGUUAUGGGUCCGGAUCAACCCGUUCCUGUCUAGGGAUGGAAUUGUAUUAGAAGUAUGUGGGCUGGAUUGUAAUUAGAUACAGAUGAUAAACUUCUCGUGCUUUUGAGUUUAUAAGAAUCACAGGGUAAAGACUGGCAUCCCUGGAAGCUUUCUGGUCAUCGACGUGCUGUGGUGGCAUGUGUAGAUAAAAAAAAAAACUGUGCCUGAACACUUGGAAAUUUGUUCUGCAAAAUUUUCAUUGAUUCUUUGGAUAGUUUUUCGUGUUCUGUAAUCCCAAGAGAACAUAAAGUUUUUCUUUCAUACUAUUAAGUCACUGCUCAAUAAGGGCUUUCUCUAAGGAUUGUCCUCAAGUUAAAAAGUUCAUAAUUUCAAGAACUUGUCAUUCAGUUUCUUGUUCUAUAAUCUCAGAUCUUGGAAUUUUGAUUUUUAUUCUCAUUAUGGUGUGUAAUAUUAUCUCAGUUUUAGAUGUCUGAAAUAUGUACACAAGUCAUACAGCAAUAAGAGAGCUUUGAUGAAUGU